AAUUUUUAAAACACAUGUGGCAUGGAAGUGGAAGGAAGCUUUGAAUAUAUAUCCGAUGAGUGACGUGUCAAUUCCGAUCACGUCUACGCCACCACCCCCUUCAACUUACACCUAACGCAUACACUACACCCAAACACUCCAUAUGUUAAUGACUUAAUUCCCCACUAAUCAUUCAUCAAAUCAAAAUUUUAAUACUAGAAAAGAAAUCGCUUAGACUCCUUUCUUUCUUAAUCAGAAAAACAAACACCUCAGAAUCAGAUUCCUAUCUCACUAAACAAAUUUCAACACACACGUAUAUUUUAUUAUACUUCAAAAGAAAAAAAGAUCCAAUCAGAAGCUUGAGAGAAGAUUAAUUUGCAAGUGUAUAUAUAUAUAUAUAUAUUGAUAUUGAUUGGAUAUAUAUACAUUGGAAUUGGAAUAAAAUAAUGGGUGCAAAAACAUCAAGGGAAGAUGAUGCAAGUUACAGUGGUGCAUCCUACCAGCCUUCUUCCUCGUUUACUCGUAAUCAAUACGGAAACAAUAAUCCUCCGCCUCAACCGUCUUCGUAUCCGUCCCGGUACGAGCAGAAUUAUCCGACACCAUACGAGCAGAGUUAUCCGGUUCAGGAAGCGUAUCCACCACCACAGCACACUCCUGCACCCGCACCGGUGGUUGCGACUCCAGCUCCUGUUUCUGCUUCGGCUUAUGGAGGUCAACCUCAUAGACCUCAGAGUAAGUUUGACCGGCGGUAUUCCACGAUUGCAGAUAGUUACCAUUCGCUGGAACAGGUGACCGAGGCUCUUGCACGUGCAGGGCUCGAGUCUUCUAACCUUAUACUAGGUAUUGAUUUCACUAAGAGCAAUGAAUGGACAGGUUCAAGGUCUUUUCAGAGAAAAAGUUUACAUCAUAUUGGAGAUGGUAUGAAUCCAUAUCAACAGGCAAUCUCCAUUAUUGGGAAAACCUUAGCAGCGUUUGAUGAAGACAACUUGAUUCCUUGUUACGGGUUUGGAGAUGCAUCCACACAUGAUCAAGAUGUCUUCAGUUUUUAUCCCGAAGAGAGGUGUUGUAAUGGAUUCGAAGAAGUCUUAAGUAGGUACAGGGAGCUACUACCUCAUUUAAAGCUUGCAGGCCCGACAUCAUUUGCCCCUGUCAUUGAAAAGGCAAUGACUAUUGUUGAAGAUAGUGGAGGACAAUAUCAUGUGUUGGUUAUCAUUGCUGAUGGGCAGGUAACACGAAGUGUGGAUACCGAACGUGGCCGUUUAAGUCCACAGGAACAAAGAACCGUGGAUGCCAUAGUUGAAGCAAGCAAGCUUCCACUGUCUAUUGUACUAGUUGGAGUUGGUGAUGGUCCUUGGGACACUAUGAAGGAAUUUGAUGAUAAUAUUCCUUCUCGCAGCUUUGACAAUUUCCAGUUUGUGAACUUCACGGAAAUAAUGACCAAGAAUGUACCUCCAAUUCGAAAGGAGACUGAGUUUGCUCUUGCAGCACUGAUGGAAAUUCCUACCCAAUAUAAAGCAACUAUCGAACUGAGUAUACUAGGCAGUCGCAAAGGAAUUUCCCCCAAGAGGGUUGCCCUUCCUCCCCCGGUACCAUCGUUUAGCAGCUCAAAACCAACACAUUCAACUGGUUUUCAGGGGUCACAACCUUAUUAUGACCCAAACGCUCCUGUUACUGCUGUUCCUUAUUAUGCUCCUUCUGGUGUAGAGCGCACGGCACCACCUAUGCCAGUUUCUACUUAUGAAAAUCAGCUAUGCCCCAUUUGCCUAACUAAUCCAAAGGAUAUGGCCUUCGGUUGUGGACAUCAGACGUGUUGCGACUGUGGAGAAACACUCAAGCUGUGCCCUAUCUGCCGGAAGCCAAUUGAAACCAGAAUAAAGCUGUAUUAAAGCUGCAUUUAAUUUGUUCUUGCAAAUAGCUCACAUUCCUAAAAGAUUGGUUUGUUCGGGGUGAUGAUCUUAAUUUUGUUCUGUCUAUAUUUUUUUUGCGUUUCUGGAUCUGUAAAUGAAAGAGUGUGAUUUUUAAAAUGUAAAUUAUAUUUCCAAUGGUUGGGUUCUUUGUUAAAAAUGAUAGAGUGUAAUAUAAAUUAUCAUUUGGUGCUGGAUAAAUUUUGGCAUGAGAUGUGUAUAUGGAAGUGUUAGUGAACUCCGAAA